GCCAAUCAAUGUGAUUUGUUGGACACUUUAACGUCAACAGCGAUGAAGAGCGGUAUGUGGCAUCUUAUGCCAUCAUUCCAAUUCAUGCGUGGAUAGAAUCAGCCGCCAACAGCCAGCAAUACUGCGCAUAUAAUCCCACAAUCUUCGCAGCCCUUACCUCCAAUCCUACGAAUCUCCACUGCCCGGCAUCAUGACCAACACCACUGUAAAAACCGAACUCCGCUCCCAAUGGACCAACCCGGGGGACGUCAUGUCCCUCCUCAUGCUAGUAGGCGGCGACAUCGUGCAAAAAGCCCUAGCCCAGCUGGUCGGAGUCCGCUUUCGGAUCCUCCCCCGAGUCCUCGACAACACAUGGCUCUACCUCACCCCCGUCGCAUUCUCCUUCGGCUGGGUGGCAUACGCCUUUUCCUCGCUCGGGACCAUCUUCGGUGAUCGCCGACUCAUGCCCAGUCCCGACACCGCCGUCCAAGUCAUCAACCUGGAUAACGGCUAUGUCCGCGAGAACAAUUCCUGGGUCUUGGGUCGUCUGGUACGCGAUCGCGAAGGGAGCGUCGCUAAAGCAGAUCGGUCAGCGGAUCCGAACCUGGUUCCGGCGGAUUCCACGGGCCAGGUGUCCAUGAAGAUUGAUAUCUUUGUGGCGGGUGCCGUGAAUGAUCAUGGCCCUAGUGUGUCCUGCCCGUGGGUGUGGUGCUGGAUCGCGAUUAUGGUGCAGCAGGUCAUUGCCGCGAUUCCGUGGAUUCUGCAUGGGGAUUGGGGCAUUUUUCUGGUAACGGUCACAGGGACGUUCUUUGCGGUUCUGACGGGCUCGUUGCCCCAGUGGGCAGGGGAGAAGUGGUCGGCUCCGAAGCUGUGGGAGGGAAAGACGAAGAUGAUGGCGCUCACUCGUGGUAACGGACAUCAGUAUGUGAUGGUGAUACUGGCUCACGGGGGAGCGUGGGAUCUCGAGGCCAUGUCUUCGGCUCGUCUCGAUGUGCGGCCCGAGACACGGUGGGUGUUGCUGACGCUCGCUGUGCUGUGGUCGCUGUUGCUCAUCACGGUGUCGGGGCUAACAAGCCAUACGUGGUAUCUUGUUGGUGUGGGGGGGUUAGGCAUGGUACAGAAUAUCCAGCAGACUCGAAUACCGACACGGAACUCGGCGAUAAGCUUGGGGAAGACGACGUCCGAGAUGUGAUGGGUGCGUUGAUGGAAUUAGAGAAGUGGUUUACCAAGGCUGGGGCUGCUCUGGUGCCGGUGUUCUUUCCCGGCAGUGUCGAAUAUGAUUCAGGGCUUCUGUACUCGAAUCGGGAGAAAAAGUUCUGGAAACGCGCGACUGCGAAAUCGAGGAAGGCAAAAGAUGGUAAGCAUCUCGGUCAGGUAUCAUCAGUUGACGGACACUAUUAAUAUGCCGGGGGGGUAGACCGUCCGACUGUGACGUUCAUCAUGCCGGAAGCAUCUCCUAGCGGUCUGAUGGUCACCUUCCCGGUGUAGUCAUGGCCUGUGGGCAGCAGAUAUAUGUUUG